AUGUUCAACCGUCUACGCUUAUGGGUGAUAGGUCUGUUGACUCUGUUCAAUGGCGGUGGUCAAGACAGCAAGACACCAGAGCCAUUGUCUAGCAACCGUCUAUACUUAUGGGUGAUAGGUCUGUUGACUCUGUUCAGUGGCGGUGAUCAAGACAGCAAGACGCCAAAGCCAUCGUCUAGCGACCGUCAGAAAUGCCACAUCUACAACAAACUUUACCACGACAACACCCGAUCUCCGUCCUUUCCUGUUGGAUCUCUCAGACCUCUUGGCCCCAUCAAAUCUCAGUCACCCACAUACCCAACGUCCCCUACAUCUCACGAAAGCUCCGCCGAAUACUCCAAACUUUCUUUGUCUCCUCCAAAACUCGCCGAAACAGUGUCAGACAAUCACGACCCAAAUAUAGAGCCCGACCCCCAAUCCGUCUUCUCCAACUUCGAAGGCCGCAGCGAUUGCCCAACACCCGGCUUCACGUACAUCAUCCUCCACCACCCUACCAACCGCGGCCUGAGUAUUAUCAAGGGCGAGCCGACUCUCCACCGUGUCCCCGAACCGAAACCCGGUAUAUCGCACCCAUUGCUGCUCGAAGGCAAGACCAACUGGCACUGGGAAUGCGUGGAGGCAGACAACUGGCUUAGCUUCCGCAACGCCGCCACUGGGAGGUUUCUCGGCCACGACACUGACGGGAACGAAAACCCGAGAUGGGGAAACAUUCGAUGCUCAAGCCGUUGGCCUGGGAUAUCAGAGAAGUUUGCCUUUUUGAGCUUGAAAUCCGAGGACAUCGCUUCAAGCGUGAUGCUUUCUAAAGGGGAGGUGGAUGGUUCUGAGAUCUUUGAACGAGAAGACGAAGACAUAGUCAAGGAUGAAACUACAGUCAAAGAGUGCCGAACAGCAGAAGGAAAUAUUGAGGACCUUGGGGAUGUUGGAAAGUGUGAGGUUAAGUCAGAGCCGCAGGUUCAGACAGUCGCACUGUAUUCACUUCUUGUACAACCGCGGAAGUUGGCGCCGUCUGAUCAUCUUCAUCGGAUCACGGGUUGCCCAUAUCAUGAGCCUCGCCUCCGGAAGCUGGUCAAGGUACAGGUGAAGCCGGAGAGUCUUGCUGAGGGGUCACAAGUACUUGUGGUUUGGGAUGCUGAAGAGGACGCGGGCACGGUUUGGAGGUUUGUGAAGGUCGUUCCGCCAGGAAAGAAAUCAGUUGAGGAGGAGGUUAUGGCUUGAACUAAAGGCAUUUUUGGGGUGUUCUUGAACAGUACGCUGAGCGUGUUCCUAGCCUUUGAUUGAUGGCAUGGCAUGGCAUGGUUGAUUUUCUUUACUCAUUCAGAUAUUCGGAAGGCCGGCGUAACACUUGAAGGUCAAUGAGAUGCUUAUGAGGUUGUCACAAGCUCUUGGAAUGCAUUCGGCGAAUGAGGGGAGAAGUUACAAGGAGUUCUGCUCUCAUAGGAUAUUCUUUCGGUGCGUUUCGAAGCUUCUUUCCUGUUGUUAGGCGUCCUGACUACUUCUUUAUGGUGACAAAACAAAAUCAGGCAAAAGAUCACAAAGCAAAUUACCCAUUAUAG